CUUUCUGAAUGGUAUAAUUUUAUAAAACAAUCGAAUGAGUCUGACGACGAGUCUUAUGAACUUGAUGAAUCUGACGAAUUUGAUGAACCUGAUUAUAAUUCUAAUGUGCUUAAUGAGCCUGAUAGUCCUGCUGAGUUUGAUGAAUCUGAUGGAAAAUUAAUCAUCAGUGAAUUCAUAGCUGCUGAUAUGAAAAUUCAAGAACUUUCAAUAGCUUUACAAGAACAUCCUAAAGUUAAACACACAA